GUAGUCAAUAGCAAACUUUAAGACAGAUUUAAAUUAAAUAAAAUCAUGAGAAACGAAUCGUCCAAAUUAUGCAUUUGCCAAAUAUGUAAUUGUGGUCGGCAUAAAUGCCCACACCAAAAACGUAAAACUCAGAUAACUAAGCCAUGUGAAAUUUCUGAAUAUACUACACAGUAUAUCACUCAUAAGCUUACACCAGUGGAAUCAUGUAAACCACCUCAUAAAGGUGUACAAGCUGAAGGUCAUAUGGCGUCGGAUACUACACACCGGGUUGAUUUUGUACCUCAUCCACUGAGUAUUCAAAAUAGUUGUAGAAAAGAAGCACAAUAUCAACCACCACAGGGAACAUUCGAUGGUUUAACUACAUACACAAAGGAAUAUACUGGAAAAUCUGGUCAGCUAGUUGUUCCAGUUAAACCAACUAUUAGAAAAGGUUCCACAGCUAAAUUUGAUGGUGAAGCCACCUAUACUGCUGACUAUAGACCAUGGAAAUUGGAAAGACGUGAACUUGCUACAGGUAGAGAAUCGAAUUGGCCGAAACCUAAUCUACCAUUUUCUGGAACUCCCACUUAUACAUCUGAUUAUGUUGCAUAUAAUGCAAAACCUCCAAUCAGUUGUAAACCAAUGCAUUGUUUCAUUGAAAAUCAAACACCAUUUCCAGAUAGUACUGAUUAUCGUGAUUCAUAUCGUACGUUAGAUUUAUCAGAACGAGCUCGUCCAAUUAAAAAUGUUGAGCAUACACAAAAAGUUACUGUACCAAUGGAACAUUUAUCAACACAUAUGCAUGAUUAUUAUUGGAAAACUAUGAUACCAUCAGCCUCAUGUAAACCGGAAUAUACGGGUAUUCAAAAUAACGAACCAUUUCAUAAAGACACAACUCAUCGAAUUGACUAUAAAGCUUGGGAACUAACUGAUAGAACUGCGCCAAUUUCGGCUAAUCAUGCCUCAACUUAUCCCGAACCAUUAGGAAAAAUGUGUUCUGAUACAACCUAUAACAAAGAUUAUAUACCGUUUGGAUUGCAGAAUCGUCAAGCAAUUCAUCAAGUAGAUAAAAUCGGUCGUGGCGUUGAACUACCACCAUUUCAGGGAGUUUCUGAUUAUAAAGACAGUUAUCGGUGUUGGACAAUUGAACCACCAGUCAAAGGUUUAGGUAGAGAAUCAACUUAUACUAUACCGAAUGUAAAAUUUGAAGGUAAAAGUACCACAAAUGAUCAUUAUGUACCACAUUUAAAUUAUCGACCACCGGAAUCUUUCAAACCACAUGGUCAAGUUACAGCUAAUCAAACACCAUUCGAUGAUGCAACUUUAUAUCGUAUGGAGUAUACACCGAAACAUUUGGAACCUUGCCCAGCUAGUCUACUUAAUACUGGACUAAGCAAAUAUGUUUAUGCUGAAACGAGUGAUACAGGACAUGAAAUUUAUCGUAGAGCAUCCAAUUCUUCAUCAUUAACUAAUGAUCAAUAUUCUAAACAACAUUUGAUUACAAUUCCAAAUGAACCAUUAACAGUAGCUAAUUGAAUAAACAAAACAAAAAUAUGAAAUUCUCUUUAUUCUUUCUAUUUUUCCUUAGAGAUAUAUAACACUUUUUUUAAAAAAAAAAUGCUUUCAUUAGUACUUAAUUGUAAUAGUGUUCUCUUUUCUAUUGAGAGCUAAUUAAUAGUUUGUUUGUUUUUUUUUCUCAAUGAAUGGUAGACUUUACCUUUGAAUGUUUUAUAUACUACUCAAUGUUCCACAGUCCUAUAUUGUGUUUUAAUCAACUUUGAGCAAAAUUUAUUUUACUGAAUGAUGUGGUUUUAGUGACUGAUCAUUUUAUCACUUUGUUUUUUUUUUUAUAUUCCAGAGCACUUAAUUUAUCUUAUUUAUCACUUUUAUUAUUAUUUUUUGUUAAAAAUUGCGCCUUAAAUCAAACGUCAAUUGUUUGUUUGUUUGUUUUGUCCCAAUUACUUUCACCACCCCCCCAUUUUUUUUGUUAUUCACUUUUUCUUUUUUUAGUUAUUGUCAUUUAUUUUUUUUGUUUGGUUUUGAACUACUACCUGAAAUAUGAGUUUUAAUCAGUUUUAUUGACCAAUAUUUUCAUAGAUUAUGGAAACAUUUCAAUAUUUUAUGAUAUUGGUCCAAAAAAAAAUGUACUGCACAAAAUCAAAUUUCGAAAGUAAUACACUUUUUAGAAAACUAACAUACGUGUUCACUGUUACUGGCGUAAUAAUCAUAAUAAUAAUAAUAGUCAG